CGUAGGAAUAGCGGGGCUUGUGAGGCAUUCAAGACCUCGAAAACCCUCACUCGACCUCCGCCACUGCGGUUGCUCUCGACCUCGUUACUGGGCUUCCCAGCUGUGGUAACCGCCAAUGGGAGCAGCGAUCCUUUCGGACCUGCUCACGGAGAUCUUGAUCCCGGUCGCGGCCGCCGUCGGGAUCGCUUUUGCGCUCUUCCAGUGGUUGCUGGUUUCUCGCGUGAAGCUCUCUGCGGAGAGACAGGCGCCUGCUGGUAAGAAGAAUGGGUACGGCGACUAUCUCAUCGAGGAGGAGGAAGGGCUCAAUGAUCACAACGUGGUGUUGAAGUGCGCCGAGAUCCAGAGCGCCAUCUCUGAAGGAGCUACUUCCUUCCUCUUCACCGAAUACCAGUAUGUCGGAAUCUUCAUGGCAGUUUUUGCUAUACUGAUCUUCCUUUUUCUUGGUUCUGUGGAAGGCUUUAGCACAAAAGAACAGCCAUGCACCUACAGCAAGGAUAAGUACUGCAAACCAGCACUUGCUAAUGCUAUCUUUAGUACUUUAUCAUUCUUGCUUGGUGCUGUCACUUCUGUUGUGUCUGGUUUCCUUGGGAUGAAAAUUGCAACAUUUGCCAAUGCAAGAACAACUUUAGAAGCAAGGAAAGGUGUUGGAAAAGCAUUUAUUACUGCAUUCAGAUCUGGCGCAGUUAUGGGCUUUUUGCUAGCUGCAAAUGGCCUUUUGGUGUUGUAUAUUUCGAUUAACUUAUUCAAAUUGUAUUAUGGAGAUGACUGGGAAGGCCUAUUUGAAGCCAUUACUGGUUAUGGUCUUGGUGGGUCUUCCAUGGCUCUUUUUGGGAGAGUUGGUGGUGGUAUCUAUACAAAAGCGGCUGAUGUUGGUGCUGAUCUAGUUGGUAAGGUUGAGAGAAACAUUCCUGAAGAUGACCCCCGAAACCCAGCUGUCAUAGCUGAUAAUGUUGGAGACAAUGUGGGGGAUAUUGCUGGAAUGGGAUCUGAUCUUUUUGGUUCAUACGCUGAGUCGUCAUGUGCUGCUUUGGUUGUUGCCUCUAUUUCUUCCUUUGGAAUUAACCAUGAUUUUACCUCCAUGUGCUAUCCCCUUCUUGUCAGUUCGAUGGGUAUCAUUGUUUGCUUGAUAACUACUCUGUUUGCCACCGACUUUUUUGAAAUAAAAGCAGUGAAAGAAAUUGAGCCUGCACUUAAAAGGCAACUAAUUGUCUCCACUGCUCUUAUGACUCUUGGAAUUGCACUUGUUAGCUGGAUAGCUCUCCCAUCUUCCUUCACUAUCUUCAAUUUUGGUGAGCAGAAGCUAGUUAAAAAUUGGGAGCUGUUCUUCUGCGUUGCCAUGGGAUUAUGGGCUGGCCUGGUUAUUGGGUUUACUACAGAAUAUUAUACAAGCAAUGCGUACAGCCCUGUGCAAGAUGUUGCUGAUUCUUGCCGAACUGGUGCUGCAACUAAUGUCAUCUUUGGACUUGCUUUGGGAUACAAAUCGGUCAUCAUCCCAAUUUUUGCCAUUGCUGUGGGUAUUUUUGUUAGCUUUAGUCUCGCUGCCAUGUACGGCAUUGCAGUUGCUGCACUCGGUAUGCUGAGCACUAUUGCAACUGGUCUGGCAAUCGACGCUUAUGGCCCCAUUAGUGACAAUGCUGGAGGCAUUGCUGAGAUGGCUGGUAUGAGCCACAGGAUUCGCGAGAGGACUGACGCAUUGGAUGCUGCUGGGAAUACUACUGCAGCAAUUGGAAAGGGAUUUGCCAUUGGUUCUGCUGCCUUGGUUUCCCUCGCCCUCUUCGGUGCCUUUGUUAGUAGAGCAGCAAUCUCCGCUGUGGAUGUUCUCACACCAAAAGUCUUCAUUGGGUUGAUUGUCGGUGCCAUGCUCCCUUAUUGGUUCUCUGCCAUGACCAUGAAGAGUGUGGGUAGAGCAGCGCUGGAGAUGGUCGAGGAAGUCCGGAGACAGUUCAAUACCAUUCCUGGUCUUAUGGAGGGCAAUGCCAAACCAGAUUAUGCCACCUGCGUCAAGAUCUCCACAGAUGCUUCGAUCAAGGAGAUGAUCCCUCCUGGUGCUCUGGUGAUGCUCACGCCACUCAUUGUGGGAACCCUCUUUGGUGUCGAAACUCUAUCUGGUGUUCUUGCUGGUGCUCUCGUUUCCGGAGUUCAGAUUGCUAUCUCCGCGUCAAACACCGGUGGUGCUUGGGAUAAUGCCAAGAAGUACAUUGAGGCGGGCGCGUCCGAGCAUGCAAGAACUCUUGGCCCCAAGGGUUCGGAUGCCCACAAGGCAGCUGUGAUUGGUGACACCAUUGGGGAUCCCUUGAAAGACACAUCUGGGCCAUCACUCAACAUCCUCAUCAAGCUUAUGGCUGUCGAGUCGCUUGUGUUCGCACCCUUCUUUGCCGCACACGGCGGCCUGCUCUUCAAGAUAUUCUAAAGCGAUUGUGGAGUAGUGAUCACUGCCAAUUUAGAUCACCACAAGUUCAUCUUUCACCCCUGCAUAAACUAGUAUAGUUUAUGAACUCUAGUUCCCUUUUUGAAUUCCUCAAUCAUUUUGGCUGCUUUGUUAUUGUUUUUUAUAUGCUGUUGGACCUUUGAGGUCGGCACCUAGAUGUCCUACCGGACGACCACCGGCAAGCAAAUCUUGUAAUACAUAGACUUGACGGUGAUGAUUUCUGUUGAGUGAUAAGGGUGAAUUGAUGACAGUGAUUACUCUUGGAAGAAAUUCCAUCAGUUCUAUAGUUUUA